AUAUGGAAACAAAUUAGAGCCAACCAGCCAACCAACGACGUCGUUUACUGUCUGGUUUAUACCCUUUCUUCUUGGCCUCUUGGGGUUUUAGCACUUUGGGUAGCCUAGGCUUUCUUCUCUUCCGUCACUACCGCCUCCAAAACAAUAGAUACACCACAAUGGUCUUAUCAAACAAGAAGCUCAAGCAAAAAAUCAGAGCCCAAUUAACAGAUUCAUUCAUCUCAUCAUCCCAAAACGCCAAACAAUCAUUCAAAUCACUUCUUGACUCACUCACCCAGAAACCCAGAUUGUCAAAACGAGAUAAACGCAGAGUCAUAACUUCUACUGAUGCUCAAACUGAAAACAAAGAGAAUCAAGAAAAUGGGUCGGGCUUAGAAGCUGAAAAGAAGGUGAAGAAGAGGAAGAGAGGUGAAAAAUUGGGUCUUGAUGGGGUGGAAAAUCAAGAAAAUGGGGUGGGCUUAGAGGGUGGGAAAGUGGAGAAGAAGAGGAAGAGAGAUGGGAAAGUGGGUCUUGAUGGGAUAGAGAAAAAGGGGAUUGAUGGGUUGGAAAAUGGUGUGAAAGAGGAGAAAGUGAAGGGGAAGAUGAAGAAGAAAAAGAAGAAGAAGGGUAAAGGGAAGAAGAAGAGUGAGGGGGUUGGGGUUGAGAAGAAGGUUGUGGAGGUUGCGAAGGCGGAAGAUCGGGUUGCUGAGGUGAUUAAGGUCACUGAUAGUCAAGAAAAUUCAGAUGUUUCUACCAAAGUUUAUGUUGGAGGCAUUCCGUACUACUCGACCGAGGAGGAUAUACGUAGUUUCUUUGAAAGUUGUGGCACCAUUACUGAAGUUGAUUGUAUGAGGUUUCCUGAUACUGGAAAGUUUAGGGGGAUUGCUUUCAUCAGUUUCAAGACUGAAGCAGCAGCAAAAAGAGCUUUGGCUCUUGAUGGGGCUGACAUGGGUGGACUUUUUCUCAAAAUUCAGCCUUGCAAGACAACUAUAGAGAAAAAAGUUUCUGAUUUCUCGCCUGCAAUUGUGGAGGGUUACAAUAGGAUAUAUGUUGGUAAUUUAUCAUGGGAUAUAACUGAGGAAGAUUUGAAAAGUUUUUUCGCCGACUUCAAAGUGUCAUCUAUUCGAUUUGGUGAAGACAAGGAAACAAAAGAAUUCCGAGGUUACGCCCAUGUGGAUUUUAGUGAUAGCCUCUAUGUAACCAUGGCACUAAAGUUGGAUCAGAAGAUUCUUUGUGGAAGACCUGUAAGAAUAAGAUGCGCAGUUCCUGCAAAGAAGGCAGAUCCCAAUGCUAAAGUUAUUCCAACUAGUAGGAUUGUAGAAAAUGUGGAAGUAAAAUCUGAUAAUAUGGAUACAAGUGCUGUCAGUGGUAAGCUAAAGCGGAGAACAUGCUACGAGUGUGGUGAAAAAGGUCAUCUUACUGCUUCUUGUCCAAAGAAACAAGCUGCUGAUCCAAUCCAAUCUCUGCCAACCAGUAUUGAAGUGAAUACUGAUAAUGUUGACACAAGUACUGUUAGCGGAAAGAUAAGGAGGAGAACAUGCUAUGAGUGCGGGGAGAAAGGUCAUCUUACUUCAUCUUGUCCAAAGAAACUAGCUGCUGAUGCAGUCCAAUCUCUGUCAACCAGUAAAUAUGAUGAUAAUGUUAAAGCAAGUACUGCUAAUGCUGAGGUCAUUCCUGAUAAUGUUGAAAUAAUUACUGUCCCCAGGAAGAUAGCGCAGACAUGCUAUGAAUGUGGUGAAAAGGGCCAUCUUUCUUCUUCUUGUCCUAAUAAACAAUAUGCUGAUCCAACAAUAUAUAUACCAACCAAUAUGAAUGUUGAUACUGUUGGGGCAUAUUCUGAUAAUAAUGAGGUAGGUCCUGUCAGCGGGAAGAUAAGGAGGAGGACAUGCUACGAGUGCGGGGAAAAGGGCCAUCUAAGUUCUCAGUGCCCGAAUAAGCAACCUGCCGACUUUAUGAAAUCUGUGCCAGAUAAUAAUAAUGCCUAUAAUGCUGAAGCAACUACUCGUGAUGCCCUGAUCAAAAGAAAUAUUGCUGAAGUGAGUUCUUACAGUGCCCCUGUUGAAAGAGCUAAUGUUGAGGUUAAAAACGUUAGCGCUGGGGCUAAUAAUAAUGUUAGUGCUGAUGCAACUCCUGUUAGCGGGAAGAUAAGGCGUAGAACAUGCUAUGAGUGUGGUGAGAAGGGUCACCUUUCUUCAGCUUGUCCGAAGAAACAAUCUACUGAUUCAAUGGUUGCCACCGCUAGUUAAUUACGCAGACCCUUUGUUGUCCAUUUAAAACAAGGUGAUAUCGUAUUAUUUCUGUCUUAAUUCAUUUGAUAUCUUCUAGAAAUAUAAACUGCCCUGCAUUGGGUUUUACCAUGUGCCCAAUUUUUCGGAUACUACACGAGACUUUUUUGGCCAGUGAUUUAUAUUUUGGAAGAAUUAUUUCAAUUAUUGAUACUUCGUUGCUGAACUUGUUGAAUAUCCUGGAAGAUGCUGAUCAUGAUUUGUCGGAUUCAUGAUCCGGAAAGACUUUCAUGAUGCGUCUUGACUCUUGAGGAAGGAAAAAGCAUGCUCAGAACGCCAUAACAUAUCUGAGCACUCUGCGAGGUGUGCCUUUUGGGCAUGUUGCUUUUCACUUUGUACUAGGUGUAGAAUAUAGGUAUAGCUGCAUAUGAAAUUUGCAUUGUAACAUUUUGAAAUUUUCUACAUACUUUUUAUUUUCAUAGUUUUGUGAUAUUUAAAUAUUGAGUUUUUUGGAAUUCUAUAUGAUAGGAAUUUUAAUUA